AUGAGCGACUGGGUCAUGAAAGACUUGCUCGACUUCAAGUUUGCCGAGCGUGAGAAGAAGUACAUCCACUGGUGGAUCCAGCUCAUGCACGAAGCAGACCGCGAGCAGUUUCCCAACUUGUUCGAUGUGGACCAGAACUAUGGCCUCUGCCAUCGACUGGAUCGAGAAACCAGCGGCACUGUGCUCGUCGGCGUGACGAAGAAGUCACGCACACAGAUGCGCGAGUGCUUCCAUCGCCACUACGUGCGGAAGUUGUACGUUUGUCUGGUCCAUGGCUACAUCGACAAGGUGGAGCAAACCGUCGACCGUAAUCUCGAGGCAAUGGGCCAAAAAGCGAAGCUGGACCGCCGGGGCAAGCGCGCCCGCACGCACGUCAAGGUCUUGGGCUAUUUCACCAAGACUCACAAAUCCGGGCGUGUGGACGAAUACACGCUUUGCACCUGCGAGAUCGCUGAGGGCCGAAUGCACCAAAUCCGGCUGCACAUGUCGGCUGCCCUGGGUGCGCCGAUCGUCUCGGAGUUUUACUACCAGAAAGCCAAGCAGAUGAUCGAGGACCGGCGUUGGUGCCAGCGCGUUUUCCUCCAUGCCUACGCGGUCGGCUUUCCCGACAUGGGCCGUGCGAACGACCCUCACGACGAAGACGCCGAAGGCGCACCGGACGAGGACGAGGAGGAGAAGCUCCGCACGGAAGACACCGAGCAGGAGUGGCAUUGCUGCAUUUGCCCCUUGGGCAACGAGCUCAAGAAGGUGCUCAAAGCCCUCAAGCCCCGCGACUUCCAGCUGAAGGGAGUGCAGGCCGACACCACCCUGAAGAGUUGCCUGGAGUCUGGCCUGAUCAAUCCGACUCACAAGGAAGUCCACUGCAAGGGCACAGCCCUGAGAAGCUCUCUGAUCGACGAAGUCUACUUUCCCUGGAGCAGCAAGGUAAAUCCGAUCCAGGUGGGUGACCUCGUGAAGGUUCGUGGCGAUGCUUGGCAGAGGCAAAAGCAGCAGGCGCAGAUUCUCCAGCAACAGCAGGAGCGCGCCGAAAAGCAGCAGCAGAGAGCCGAAGAGCGGCAGAGGCAGCGCGAGGAGCGGGAGAACAACCGCGCGGAGAGACGAUCCGACAGUCGCGGGAAUGAGCAACGGGAAAACAAACCCAUCGCCUUGAGGCCCAAAGCCAAGGCCCGCCUCUCGGGCCGUGGGCCCAGGAGCCCCAGGGCACGGAAGAGGGCUGCCCCCAGCCCUGGCGGAAAACGCCGCCUUGGCCGGGGAAGGCUCCGUUCCCCUGGGCAGCCACCGCCAGCGAGAGAGAGGAGUCAGGAGCAGUCGCUGAGUCCUGACAACAAGAUCACCGUGCCGCCUGCACGACAGGGCAACCGACGUCUUCGGAGCCGCAGUGGCGGCCGGCCGCUCAGGCGGCGGUCCUUGUCGCUCAGGCGGAGGCCUCCGAGUGGACCGGGGCCCAUGCGGAGAUCCGUCUCUCCGCGACGUCGCGGCAAACGCCGGAAGCGAGAGAGCACGUGGCCUUCGGGAAGGGCCUUGUCACCAGCGGGCGACACGCGAGGCGGCUCGUGGUCGCAGCCGCCAAGCCUUGCGCGACCGCGCCGUGGAGGCAGCGGGAAUCUCGCCGGGCAAGGCUGA